ACAUUGUCCCAAUAAUGACCAUCACAUACCUUUGCACAUUCAGUUGUUCGGUUAGUGGUUGAAACGCGCAAUUUAGUCGUCUCCAGAAACUCGACCUAGACUCAUUUAACAGUGGGAAAAUUUUCGUACAUACGCCGAAAAAAUGGACCGCAUAUUGCUCGUAAUUGUAAUGGGAAUUCCAAUAAUACCCCAUUUGAGCAAUGCUGAACACAUCGAAAUUUCGACUGGCAUGCCUAUGACCCUAACACCGCCUAUCAUUAAUUCAAACUCACCUCCAGACGGAAGAACUCAGUUUUUAAGAGCUGUGGAAAACUACCUCACCGAAAGCACAAACGUGAAGACGCAAUCUUCGAAUCCCAGCGUAGAUUACAUAGGCCAACCCCUGUAUCCUGUGUAUCCCCAAUAUAAUGCAGUGGGAAAUAUGAAUACUAGUGUCGUCCCAGUAAAUGGUGCGAACGAGACUACUAACUAUUCUUCACUUAUCGUUCUUGUUCUUAAGAUGGGAGUUGAGGUCUUCCGCCAGCUAUUCCUAUAUUAUCUUAUUAGAUAUUUUGUCAUUAAACUUAUAAAUUUAUUUGACUUCAUACUGGCUUUAAGGGCGCUUCUCAUUUCGGACGAAUUAUCCGAUUUAUUAACGAAGACGACUCUUAAAGCGGGAAUACAAAUAAUUGGAAACAUAUCUUACUUUUUAAUAAAAGGAGCUGGAGUUCUGACAAUAGGAGGAAUAAUCACUACUGUAAUUUGUUAUUUCACCUCGAUUUGCACCGUCAAAUACAAUGGACUCAAGUCUCAAAAGGAUACGGACAACGGCGCAAUCAGAGCAUUCAUGAGACCAGACAAAUUGGCAUCACUAGCCGCCCUAGUACAAGAAGCAAUUUCCAAAUAUCAAACGCUACAGAAAUCAACUGCUUAAUGGUCUUAUAAUACAAGAACAAUAAGUGAAAAUAUUAGUUCCUAAUGCUUUAAGAGAACUUAUAAGCAAUAAUGUUGAAAUUUCGACGUGAGCUGAAGUCAGCUAUCAAUAUACAAAUAUACUAUUAAAUAAAAAAUUUGUUAAAAAUUGAAAA